AUGGCAGAAAGAAACCAGACCCUGGUGACAGAGUUUGUUCUCACAGGACUCAAUGAGCGACCGGAGUUACAGGUGCUCCUCUUCCUGGUGUUCCUCAUCAUCUACCUCAUCACCAUGGUGGGCAACCUUGGACUGAUUGCUCUCAUCUGGAAGGACCCUCAUCUUCAUACUACUCCCAUGUACUUAUUCCUCAGCAGUUUAGCAUUUGCCGACGCAUGCACUUCGUCUUCUGUGACCCCCAAGAUGCUUGUCAAUUUUUUAUCUACAGAUCAUCAGAUAUCCCUGAGUGACUGCUUCACCCAAUUUUAUUGUUUUUGCUCCAGUGCAACCACAGAAUGUUUCCUCCUGCUAGUGAUGGCCUAUGACCGCUAUGUGGCCAUAUGCAACCCCCUGCUUUAUCCAGUGGUGAUGUCCAAUAAGCUCUGUACUCAGCUUAUACUUGUUACGUAUUUUAUAGGUAUCCUCAAUUCAACAAUUCAUGUGGGGUUGUUAGUUAGAUUAACGUUUUGCAGGUCCAAUGUUAUACAUUAUUUCUACUGUGAAAUUGUACAAUUAUUCACAAUUUCUUGCACUGAUCCUACACUUAAUAAGCUUGUGGUUUUCAUCUGCUCAACAUUUAUACAAGCCUUCACAUUUAUAAACAUUGUAGUCUCUUAUACCCGUGUGCUGUUUGCCAUCCUGAGAAAGAAGUCUGAGAAGGGCCGAAGCAAAGCUUUCUCUACCUGCAGUGUGCACCUGCUCUCUGUCUCUUUGUUCUAUGGAAAUCUGUUCCUCAUUUAUAUCCGUCCUGGGUCUGGACCAGCUGAAGAUAAGGAAAAACUGUAUUCUCUAUUUUACACAAUAAUAAUCCCCCUGCUAAAUCCAUUUAUUUAUAGUUUGAGGAAUAGAGAACUGAUAGACACUUUCAGCAAACUUUAUGUGAAAAAAAAUGAUGUUUGA